AUGGAUUUUGCUUUACAGGAUCCUCCCAAUGUUGAUUUCUUCAGAGAAGUCUUUAUUUCACUACUUGAUAGCUAUAAACCGGAUAAAGCAAAACGAAAAGAAAAGGCAAGAAGAAGCUAUGAAGCUACGAAAAUCCACACUGCAUACAUGAAUGGCGUCGCUCUUCAUUUCGGGAACAGAUUGCGUAUGUUUUUGAACCUACUGUUAAAGAAGCAGGAAAGAAUUGGCGCUUUGAAAAGUGAAAUGAAAAAGAAAAAUUGCACAGAAAGCGAAAUCUCUGCUGCGGUCAAAACCAUAGCAAGCCAGUGCACCAAAGUAAAAAUGAACAUCUCUUUAAGGAACAUCACUGAAUUGCCAGCGCAUCUUUUUAACUCACAAGAAGUCGGCGUCCUUCAACAGUUUUUUGAUUGCUACCCUCCUGACACUCACUUCAAGAAGAAUUCUAUUUAUUAUGAUUGUAAAGCGGACCCAUCGAAGCAUCUGAAGGCAUUUUAUUAUCUGACGCGAUGUUCUGAAUCUCUCUACAAUAAGUCGUUCAACUGCUUUCCUCUAAGAAGAACAUUCAUACCUAGUUAUAUGACUAUAGACACAUAUAUUGUAAACACUCAAAUUUUAAGAAACUCUGUCAUUAGCCACUUAGACAAAGAAGUAAUCUGGGGAGCCGUACUGAACAUGAGAUCCAAAGCUAUGAAGCCUCAAGGAGACAAUAAACAAAUGAAGUUUAGAGGUACUAUUUACACAGAUGGUAUUGCCGUAUCCAUUUUGAAGCAGACCUAUGACAGUAAGAAGAAAGGUUCUGGAGGCGGCAUGCGAAAUGAUAAGAAGAUAGAAGAAGACAUUGCUUAUAUAGAAAGUCUAACUUACAAAAAUAAUUGUGUUUUGAUUGACCCCGGACGGCAUGAUAUGUUGUUCUGUAUGCACGAAAGCAGUACCGUUGAAAAGAAAAGAACUUACCGCUAUGCGAGAAAUCAAAGGGACAUUGAAACAAAAACAAGAAAGUUCAUGAAACUUUGUGAAAGACUGAAACCAGAGGCCGUAAGCAAUGCAGAAGCAAUUCUUUCACGUUUGAAGUCAUCCACAGUCAUAAAAGUUCAAUACGUAGAAUAUAUAAGACAUAAAGCUGCCGUGACUCAAGUUCUUCAGGAAUACUACUCGAAUGAAGACUUACCUUUAGAAGAACGUAAUACUAAUAUGUUACCAUUUCGAAAGCUAAAACUGUCAAGCUACAUUAAUCGACAGCAAUCUGACAAAUGUCUUUGUAAGAAUAUCAGAAAAAUUUUUGGCAACGAUGCUGUUAUUGUUAUUGGUAACUGGUCUGCAGGAAUAGGAGUUGGCAUGAGAAGAAUGCUUCAAAAAGAAGGUUUUCUGGUGCAUCUGAUUGAUGAAUUCAAAACAUCUAGUAUAUGCCCGGUAUGUAAAGGUGAUGUAGAAACUUUCAAAGAAGUUGUAAAUCCAAGGCCCUUUAGAAGGGAAAAAUAUCCAACCGUAAAACGUCAUGGUCUUUUAAGGUGUAAAAAUGGACAAUGCUUGAAAGAAGGUCGUCGUCUUUGGAACAGAGACUUACUCGCCACCCUCAACUUUUGUGAGAUUCUCUUUAGUUUACGUGACCACGGUGCAAGACCGAUUUAUUUUCAAAGACCAGCCAAGCAAACACAAAAAAAAACCAAAAAAGACAAAGAUCUCCUUCUAUUGAAAAUGACAGUAGAAAAAGACAAUAAUGAAUCCGAAGUAGUUAUCGCUGCUUUCAAUCCAUGA